ACGCUAGACGCGCUGCCUGUCCAUUUUUUUAUUUUGCCUCGAGGGGGUCCACAGAAUUUUCAGUUUUGGGAGGUUUUGGUAGGCGGGGGCCCGAAAAGCUAGCGAAGAAGAAGAAAGAAAAAGAAGGGGGAAAGAAUGGAAUAUAGAAGUGAGGGAAAGGAGAGAGAAAAAUAAAAAAAUAGGAGAAGCUUAUUUGACCACCAGCGCCCGCCCCAGUUCGUUCGCUCUCUCUCUCUCUCGCCCUUUGCUAUUAUUUGGGAGAGCGCCCGUAGGGACAAACACCGUAUGUGUAUGCAAGAAAAAGGGAGACCCGACGACGACGUCGACGACUUUUGUGAAAAGAAAAUAAUAAAAAUUUUUUAAACCAAGAGACCAUAGAGAUAGGGGGAGAAAAACGGAAGAGGGGGGGGGGUUGUGUGUUGCAUGAAUCCCUUUUUUUUGCACACACACACAUACAUUUACGUGCGGACCGUGUAAUAAAAACCUUGAAUUGCUCCAUUCUCUCCCCCUCUCUUACUUGGUCGUCGUCUUCUUCUUGUGGCCCCCUUUUUUUUUUAAAGUCUACACAUAACGCUUUCUCGUGAGACUGGACUGAAAAACCGGUGGUGGUUUGUUAGUGGGGAGGACCGUGGCGAGUGAGAGGAACUUUUUUUUUGGCGUUUCUUAUUUUUUUUUUUCCCUCCGACGACGAACUGUUGUCUUUUCGUGCGUGAGCAGUGUGUAAAAAAGGGUUAUAUUACACUUUAGGGGGCUCAAGAGUGGGGCGAGUGAGUCUUGUGUGAAGGUAUUUCUCUCAUCCAGCAGUAGUAUACACACAAGUUGACCACACAUCUCUUUGUGUUGUUUGUUGAGUGAAUCUCCUCAAAGCAAUCAAUUUUUUGUGUUUUUUCCUGUGGAUUAUUACCAUUUUCAACCAAGACAGUGCCUUCAGAGUGUUUUAAAUAGUGGCCUGAACUAAACUGGAUUUUGUUUUCUUGUCUUGUGUGUUUGUGUCUGUGUGUGUAUGUGUGUCUGCCUCUGUGUCAACACUCAAACACAAAAAUAGGUAUGGCAGAUGGAGGGGAAGAGGCUGCUGCACGAGUCAGCAGUCCACAACACCUUGAAGAAUAUCACCGUUUGAUAGAACUGGGACUGGACAGAAGGGUUGCUGAAAAAUUGGAAGAAAUUUACAAAACAGGUAAAUUAGUCCACAGCGAGUUGGAUGACCGAGCCUUAGAUGCAUUGAAAGAGUUCCCUGCGGAUGGUGCCCAAUCAGUGUUGUUACAGUUUCUAGACUCAAACCUAGAGCAUGUUUCAAACAAGUCUGCCUUUCUUUGUGGUAUAAUGAAAACCUACAGGCAAAAAGUCAGAGCCCUAGGCUCAGCUACUGCCAGCGCUGGACUUGGCACAGCCAGUGGUGCUGCCGAUACAUCAUUUGACUUGAAGCCUCUAGGAAAGGGACCAGAUGAAGAAAAAAUCAAAGCAAUCUUGGACAGGACUGGCUAUAAGCUAGAUGUCACAACAGGCCAGAGGAAAUACGGAGGUCCACCGCCAAAUUGGACAGAUCCCCCUCCACCCAAUGGUUGUGAGGUUUUUUGCGGCAAAAUUCCUCGCGACAUUUAUGAAGAUGAGUUGAUUCCUUUAUUCGAAAAGUGCGGCACCAUAUGGGACCUUCGACUCAUGAUGGAUCCAUUAACAAACCUAAACCGAGGAUAUGCCUUCGUCACCUUCACCACUACGGAAGCAGCUCAAGAAGCCGUCAAUCAGCUCAAUGGCUGUGAGAUCCGCAAAGGCCGGAAGGUGGGCGUGACCAUCUCGCACAACAACCACCGGCUCUUCGUGGGCAACAUCCCCAAGAACAGGGACGGGCAUCAGCUCUACCAGGACUUUGACAAGUUUGCACCUGGCCUAGCGGAGGUAAUUAUUUACAGUUCACCGGACGAUCGGCGGAAGAAUCGAGGUUUUUGUUUCCUCGAGUACGACUCGCACAAGUCGGCUUCUUUAGCUAAACGACGCCUGAGCACCGGCCGUGUCAAAAUCUUUGGAUGCGACAUCAUCGUCGACUGGGCCGAUCCGCAAGAAGAGCCAGACAACGACACCAUGUCCAGGGUCAAGGUCUUGUAUGUGCGCAAUUUGACGCAGGAUUUUACCGAGGACAAAUUGAAGGAAACAUUCGAAGCGCACGGUGCGAUCCAGCGUGUCAAGAAGAUCAAGGACUACGCCUUUGUACAUUUCGAGGAGCGCGACGACGCCGUGCAGGCCAUGGAUGCGCUCAACGGGCGCACGUUGUACGGCGCCAACUUGGAGGUGUCGCUGGCCAAGCCGCCGUCGGAUCGCAAAAAGAAAGAGGAGAUACUGAAAGCUCGCGAGCGCAGGCUGCUCCAGCAACAGUUUGUCCAGCGCGGCGGCAGUGGUCUCGUUCCAGUCGUAUCGCCUGCCUUACGAGGCGCGCGCCCUGCCAUCCGAACCGCAGGCACCGUCCCCUCACAAGCUGCUGCUUCAGGAGCCUUCGCUUACGGCCGAGAUUUUGAUUUUGACUACGGAUACGGUGCCUAUCGAGGUGCUUAUCCCGAUUCUUAUUUCAAUGGAUAUUAUCCUUAUACCGGUGGUGACUACUAUUACGACUAUCCAGCCCGCGGCGGUAGGGCCAGACCAGCUCCAGGGGCGCCCCGUGGUGGUCGUGGUAGAAGUGGAGGCGGUGGCCAUCGAGGUGCUGGAAGUGGUGAUCAACGAACGUCAAGCCCCGCUGGCGGGACAAGUUCGAGAUGGAGAGCAUCUGGCGGAUCUGAAGGAGCGACGGCCAUUUACUCAAGGGGAGGCGGAGGGAGUCGUGGCGGAUGGAGAGGGGCUCGCGGAGGAGCGUCUUCCGGCCGACCUCAUCCCAGGUCGGGCCAACCCAAGAAUUCUGGCCGGGAAGAAAGUGCCGGUGGAGGUGAUGGAUCGCGUCCGCUAGAUGAAUCAAGAGAAUUUGGAACAGGAGCGAGGAGCAGCAGUGGAGCACGAAUAGGAGGAGGUGAUUCAGUUGCCAUGGGAACGUGGCGUGCGGAUGCUCAACAGGGAGGGGCGAGCGGCGCAGAAGAUUCCGUUUGGCACCAAGAUUCGUACGGGACACAAUGGAGCUAAUUUUUGUUGUUGUUGUUGUUGUUUCCAGCUCGUAUCGCCGUCAUCAUCUUCCGAUUUCCGACAUUUUAAUUUUUUUAUUAUUAUUAUUUUUUAAAAUUCCCCGUAUCUGGCGGUGGACAACGUAGGAAAAUCGAAAGGCCGUUUCGUUUCAGCUCCUCUCUCUCUCCAACGCAGCAACCACCAACCCCCCCGAAAAAGGGAAAAAACAUAAAAGACACUGCCCGUUCACCGCCUCCUUCUCCUCCUGCUCCCCAGUUCUCUUUUUGCAUUUGUCGUGUGCAUGUGUGAAGAAGGUUUAAAACUCUCGCUGUGAUGCCGUCGAGGCUCCAUUCGAUAUGCUCAGACGUUCGUUUGUUUGUUUGUUUGUUUGGGGUUUGAUCUUUUGUUUGUUUUUUUGUUUUGUUUUUUUUUUUUUUUCAAUUUCUUAUUCGGGUUCAUCUUUAGAGUCUUUCAAUCUUCGGCCCAGCUUUUAAAGAAAAAACGAAAACAAAAAAGGAAGAGUUAUUAGAGUAGUGGGUGUAGCAGAACAACACACAGACACAACAGUUAGAUCGGUAUAGUUUGUAAUAGCAUCUCCUUUUCAUUUUAUUUUUAUUUGCCGCUACUUUAGAAAAAGUAUCCCCUUCCCCCGACAAACUCUCCGACAACAGCAACAGAAUGCGCAACUUGCGCUUUUCUUUCAUUCAUCCCCCCUGCCCUCUCCUGUUCUCUUUAUCUCUUCCUCUUUUGAUUGUUAAAGUUUUUUUUUUUUUGGUUUUUUGUUUUGGUAUUUUGCGUAAGGAUCGUCCCUCUUUGAUCUCUCAGCUAUGAGCUAAGGCGGGUAUGGCCAAGCCCUCUACCCGGUCGGAUGGGGAAGAAAGGAAAAAAAAAAAAGAAAUUAAUUUUUUUUUUUUUUUUUUUGGGUUUUGGUUUUUGGAAAUAAGCACAGAAAAAGAGAUAAGACAACGACAGUACAAAAAACUGCUUGGGCACGCCACUACCACCAUUAUUGCCACCCUCGUGUCUCCCCCCCCUAAUCGUACAUGGACCCCCAUAAUGCAUUCUGUAUUAACCCUUUUUUCCCCUCUCAAAUGUCUUCAUCUUCUUCUUCCUUCUUUUCAAUUUGUCAUGACGCCACCUGGUGGUUAAUUUGACAACAUUGAAGGUAAAAAUACCUUUUUUUUUUUUUUUUUUUGAAUUUUGAAUUUAAAACAAAAAGACAAUUUUGUUGACACAAUACCCAUCCAGGUUGAGUGAUUUGCAUUGGGACAAAAACAAACAAACAAGCAUUUCUUUUUCUCUCCCCGGUUAAAAAUAACAAAGGAAAAGAGACACACACAUAUUUAGUAUAGAAAGACAAAGUAGUUGCCUAGUUGAGAAUAAUAGUAGCAUUAGUAGUUUCCCCCCUUGCGAUUUUCUUUUGUUUCGUGAUUUGCGAAAUCGAGGAAGAAAAAAAAAACAAAUUAUUUGUCGUUCUUCGUUCGUGAACGGGGCCAGUGGCACAAAGUGCGCAGUUUAUUUUCUCUUUAUUAGAUUUUCUCUCCCCCAUCUCUCUACGAAAAAUUGAACUUUCUUUCAACCACCCCCAAAAAAAAAAACUGUUAAAACACAUUUUCACAUUUAUUUUGACUAUAGAAUUUUUUUCGGUUCAGUUAUCCGCUGGCCAAUUUGUUACUAAACGAAAAAUUUGAACCCAAAACGAGCACCCCCCGUCUGCAAUUUUUGUUUUGUUUUUGAAAAACCAAUUGGACAUUUCAAUUGAAAUUCUUUUGAUUUUUUUGGCUUAUUCAUAUUAUUAUUUUUUUUUUCGAGAUGUGUUAUGUAAUGAUGGGAAAACUGCGGCCCCUCCCUCUCUAUCUAUUAUAUCGUUCUGUUUCCCCCCCUCCUUUAUUUUUAAAAUGCGCUUUUUUUUUCUUUUUUCUUUCUAUCCAUUUCCUUUUUUUUUUUUUUUCUUUCAUUUUGUUGUUGGUUGUCGUCGUCUUUCACGUCUGCGAUUGUUCUUGUGCCGUUGAGUACACCAUCAAAAGAGGAACGUUCGAUCCGGCACGACAUUUUGAUUUCGAGACAGCUCUCCGCCUUGUAUGUAUGUGCGUAUGAUGUGCUCUCCCCCCUCUCCAUUUUACGUUUGUAUGUCUCUCUUGUUUUCAUUUAAUUCUCACCCGCCCUCCUGCGUCUAUCUAUUGGUCUCUAAUUCAACCGAGUGAAAAUGGAGAGUGUUGGCUCUCUCCAAAAAAAAAAAAUUCUUUAUUAUCUUUUCCCUAAUGUGUUUUCUCAUUCAAUUUUUACUUUCUUCCUCCCCAUUUGAAUUUUUUUUUCUUUUUUUGCCAAUGUGUAUAAGUUUCUUCUUUGAAAUUGCAUUUUUUUUUUUUAUAUUUUGGUUUUGAUCCAGCUGAAAAUUUUUGGAUGCUAAGUGGAAAGAUACCCCAGUGCUCUUCAUCCGCCGCAACCCUCCCAGUUAAAUGUUCGAUGAAAUUUAAAAGACAAAAUCAAUUUAAUUCCCGGUCCCCCCCGGCCCCGCCUUUUUUUUUUUUAGAGGAAAAAAAAAAAAAAAGAUAUUUUUGUGUUCCGUCACGUUUGACGUGUAUUGCGGAAGCAAACCUAAAAAUUGUUUACCUUUUUUUUUUUUUUUGAAUUUUUUUCUCUCUCUCUCUUUUAUUUCUCUCUUGGAAUAGAUUUGCAACAAUGCGACGUGUUCAUCUUCUUUUUUUGUUUUUUGUUUUUUGUGUGUGUGUGUAUAAAAUAAUAAUAAUAUGCAGAAUCGGACCGGUGAUACACCCCAACCACCAUCUCUUUGGAUAUUGGAUAGAGAAAUUCUGAUAUUUUUUUUUUUUUCUUUCUUUCUUUUUUUCACUGAUAGCAAUUUUCCCUCCCUCUAUACACUCCCCAAGAAAACACUACCACACCCAUUUAUCUCUGUCUUUGGUUUAUUACACUAAAAAGUUUUUUUCCCCUCUCUCCCCAUUCGUUACGUUGUUUUUAUUUAAUUUUUCCCUUUGAUUUAUUUCCUUGGUAUUUACCCUAUCAUCAGUUCUCAUGUUUUGUUUGUUUCAGUUUCGGGUAUGAACGAAGUGAGCAAAACACGCUAAUUGAAUCUUGAUUUUGUGUGUGCAAGAUGCAAGUGAAACAUUGACGAAAAGAAAACAUAAAAUUAUUGAAGAAAA